GCCAAGCUCGUGCAGAAGAGCCGGGUUAUUAGUCCUCAUCCCUAUUCCUUAUAUUAUUAGCUAUCUCGACCUGGGAACUUCCUUGCGAUCAUUGCGCGACAGUUGCAUUUACAUUUCUCCCACUCCUUCACGAUUGUUAGUGGUUGCCUCUGACGUUGAGCUGCAUCCCCCACAUUACUUCAACGUCGCUCCAAUUGGACCCUGUGGCAUCAUCAGGCAGAAGAGCGCAAGCAUACCGCCCGCAGCUUUCGCAGUUCGACACCACACCUUCCCUCGCACACAAUCAACAUGCGCUUCUCAUCAGGCCUCGUUCUCGCUCUCCCGGCGCUCGCUGUCGCCGAGGAGCAGGUGCCUCUCCUUGACAAGGUGAAGGGCUUCUUCAACAAGGCGACGGCUGCCGUGUCCGCAUCCAUCCCCUCCAUGCCGUCGGCGCCAGUCGACACCGCAACAAGCAAGGUGGCCUCCAACGCAGCUGCCGCCAUCCAGUACCCAAUUACUCUGGAGAACUGGAAAGAGACCCUUACCGUUGACGCUACCGCCAGCCCUCCUACCACACAGGACUGGCUCAUCUUCACCACUGGCGGCAACACCACCUGCUUUGGCCUGUGUGGCAACGCAACCAAGGCAUGGAACGCUUCUCUCCCCAUCAUGGCCGCGAAGCCUGAUGCGCCCAAGUUUGCGUACCUUGACUGCGAAACCGAGCCUAUCCUCUGCAACGCAUGGUCUGUCGGCGCACCGGCGCUCUACUACUUCCAGGUCCCUAAGCCCAUGGCUGACCAGUCUGCGCCCGUCCCCGUCGUUCGCUACAAGCCCUUGAACCGCACCAGCACCACCACCGAGACCUUCAAGAAGCUCAUCGUUGACAACGAGAUUGAGCAGGUCACCCCAUACGAGGGUCCCUUCCAUCCCUUCAACGGUGCUCUCCAGCAGUACAACCUUGCCAUUCCUUACGCAUACGUCACCUGGGGAUUCUCCAAGAUGCCCUCGUGGAUGCCCAUGAUCAUCAUCUCCUUCCUCAGCAGGUCGUUCAUGAACAAGCGUAUGGCGGGACCAACUCCCGCAGAGGCGCGCGCCGCCGCCGCUCAACCUGCUCGGUAAAGGCCUGCACUCCUGCUUCCUGUGAAGUAGAGUCGCCUGACAAGAACGUGUCAAGCAUCAUGCGCGAUAUCACAUAAUACCCAGCGGAGCGAUGAAUACAGUUCGGAAUUGGACACGUUCUGGACUGGCUCGUGGAAGUCCUCGGCAAGUGGGAUCGGAGAUUUGGAUAUGUGUAGUGGAAGAAUAAUGUAGCUCAGAUACCUGGGGAGGCGUUCAAUCAUUGCAAUGCUAAGUCAUACAUUACU